AUGUCAUUUAAUUUACCUGAUUUGCCAUUUGAUUGCAAAUAAGCUUUGAUUGGAACAUGGAAUUCACCUGAUGAUGGAUAUGCAUUGACAAUAUGCUCUUCAGACUGCUACCACAAAACAAACAGUUCAAUAAUUAGUUUUUUAAUGGACACAAGACCAAAUAAAAGUGGUGAUAUGCUUUUAAAUUAUUAAAUUGGAAGUCAAAUCAAUUAUUCAAUUUUUCAGGUAGACCUCUUAUAUUUAACAGAAGGUGACGUUAAUUUAAAUGUUAAUGUUAAUUCUAAACUAUAAUUUUCAUUUACAACUCUAAAAUACUCGUUUUAUGUCAAUAAUUAUAGGGAUCUAUAUUGUUAAGCUACUGAGAUUGUAUAAAAAGCAUCACUAUCUUUUUACAGAAGUGAUGCUAGCUUUAUGGAUAAUAAUUUAAAUAUCCAUUUUGAAAAAAUGACAAACUAUAAGCCAAAUUAUUACCGAUUUGGUAUUAAGGCAAUUUAAAUAUCAAUGAUUUGCUCUAUAACUUGUUAAGCUUGUUUAGAUGAAAGUAAUUGCGAUGUAUGCAAAUACAGUUUUAAAAAAAUUACUCUACCAUCAGGUUUAUAAGUUUGUGAAUAAAUUACUAGUUGCUCAUAAAACUGUUUUCUAUGUGCUGUUAGUUAAACUGAAAAUAUAUGCACGUAAUGUUUCCCUGGUUAUUCACUUUUAAAUAAUUAAUGUAUCUCAUUAGAUAAACUUAAUAUUUGUAAAUCUUAGCCAAAUACAUACUAUGCAGAUCCUAAUUAAUGCCUCAAAUAUGCCUAAAAUGCAGUUAAAUAUUAAAAUGGUUCAUAUCAAAGGACAAAUAUGGAAACUUAUUAUUCUUAUAAGUGCCCCAACAAUUAAGUAGUAAUAUUAUACCCUGAAUCUUAUUAUAGUCUUUAUUGGUGUGGUUGCUAUACUAAAAAUUGCGCAAGUUGUCCUUAUGGUAUUUGUAUUACAUGUUCUGAAGGAUAUAAUAUUAAAAAUAAUGAAUGUAUUCCUACUUGUAAAGCAAACUAAUAUCUAGAUGCUGUAUCAAAUAAAUGUAUUGACUGUGGAACUAAUUGUUAACUUUGUAAUAGUACAAUAUGUCAAUAAUGCACAGAUUCUACAUUCUAAGUAGAUCAAAGAAAUCCCCAAAAUUGCAUUUCGAUUAACUCUUGUGUUGUCAGUAAUUGCCAAACUUGUAAAUCAUAAAAUCCUUUUAGCUGUCAAGUAUGCUCACCUAAUAACUACUUAAAUUCAGAUUAAAGAUAAUGCUUCCCUUGCUCUGUUCCCAACUGCUCGUAAUGCUUCAGUGAAAAUUAUUAACAGUGUUAAUAAUGCUCACAAAACUACUCUUUGUCUUCUGAUAAAUAGUAAUGCAUGCAAUGUUAAAUCUUAAAUUGUUUAAAAUGUGAUCCAUAAAAUAAUUUAAUUUGUUAAGUUUGCUAAGCAAACACAUAUUUAAGUUUAGAUUAAAGUUAAUGCCUCCCUUGCUCUGUUCCAAACUGCUUAUAAUGCAGUCAAAAUUAUUAACAGUGCUAAUAAUGCUCACAAAACUACUCUUUAUCUUCUGAUAAAAAGUAGUGCAUGCAAUGCUAAAUCUUAAAUUGUUUAACAUGUGAUCAAAAAAAUAAUUUAAUUUGUUAAGUUUGCUAAACAAAAGCAUAUUUAAAUUCAGAUUAGACUUAAUGCCUACCUUGUAGUGUUUAAAAUUGUUAAGAAUGCUAAAGCACAAACAACUAGCUUUGCUAGAAAUGUAAUUCAGGAUAUCAAGUUAGUAGUGAUAGUAAGAGUUGUUAUUUGAUUCCUGAGAUUCCACAGUAAGUAAGAAAUUAUUUUCACUUAGAAUAAACCUUAACAACUAAUGGUUAUAGUGUGAAUAUAAAUUUUGAUAAUCCACUAGUGCAAUCAACUCUGAAUAAUCUAGAUUAUUUCAAUAUAUUUAGCAUUUAGAUUACAGGAAUUGACUCUAAUAAAUAUACUUUAUAAUUCAGUUUAACUUCAAACAAACUGAUAAAUUUAUUAAUUGCACCUGCUUGUAAUAUUAAGAAUUCUUAUCUCAAUGUAACUAUAACUAGUGCAUAGUUUGUCCAUGAAAAUUCAAUGAAAAACACAUCUCAAGAACUGUAACUAUCAAUAUUUGUGUUAAUAUCUUAAUCUAAUAUAGAUGCUUCUUAAAAGCUGACUUAAUAUGGUUCUAUCUUUGUUACCUCUUCAUUGCUUUCAAUCAUCCCAGCUAUUUUUUUUGGAAAUAUCUACAUAAUUUGUAAUACUCUUGAUAUCACUGGUUUCUUAUACUAUUUAAUGUUUUUAGAUAUCAGGUAUCCUCUCAAUAUUAUGAAUUUUUAUCAGCUUUUUAAAAACUUUAAUUUCCCAUUCAUCCCUAAUUUCUUUUUAUACAUCAUCGACCCCAAUUACGUCUAACAAUCUCCUCCUUAGUUCAUGGCUUAGGAGACUGACAAUUACUACUUAAAAAACUUUGGCCAAUAUUUCACAAUAUAUUUAGCAGGCUUUAUGCUCUAUCUAUUGGCUAAGAUAUUUGCUAGAUCUCCUAUAAAAUAUUUAAAUUUGUAUUGUUAGAGAGCUAUUAAAGAAACAUGGGAGUUUUCUGCAAUGAUAGAUUUGUGUUGGUCAUUUUAUAUUUACUUAGUAGUUGCAGUAUUGAUUUAAUUCAAUACAUAUAAUUUUGAUGAUGUUUAUUCUUGCUUUUUGAAUUAUAUGCUGCACUCAAUAAGCACUAUAACUGUUUUAGGAAUACCUUUUUUAUUUUUUGUGAUUAUUUACAAACAAAAAAAUAAAAUUAAUGAUUAAAAUUUUAUUUAAAAAUAUUCUUCUCUUAUAAGUGGAUUAAAAAUAACCUUAGACUAAGUUUAAUCAUAAAAUUAAAGAAACUCUUAAAAUAAUAAUAAUACUAAUUCUGAAGAAAAGAAAUUAAAUGACUUUGUUACUUCUUAAUCUACUAAACUUAGAAUUAAUGAUUUAUAGAAUAAUCGUAUUAGAAGAAAGAAAAUAUAAACCACGAAUUCAAUAGUUUCAUCAGAAACAAAAAACUCUCCAGCUCAUUUAACUACUUCUUUUUGUAAAAUCGAAGAAAACCAAUUAUCCUAUAGAAAAAAGUUAGUUUUUUUGCUAAGUAGAUACUACAAUGUACUAUUGUAUUUUAGAAAAAUUCUAUUUUGUAUUGUAAUAUCGUACUUUUACAAUGAGCCUUAUCAUCAGAUAGCUUUGAUUUCUAUACUAAACUUAUUGCUUGCAGUUUUUAUAAUUAUAAUAACUCCUUUUUAGAGCAACUACUAUAACUACUAAUUCAUAUUAUAAGAACUCUCUUUAAUAACUAUUCAAGUACUAGCUUCUCUUUUAAUUAAUGAUGACCAAGAUGUGAGUGAAGAUUAUAGAAUGAAAAUAGGAUGGAUCAUAAUAGGAAUUAGCUCUUUCUGGAUAAUAUAUUAUACUUUGCUGAUAUUUAAGGAUAAGAUAAAGGAAAUAAAGUGUUAAAAUGAUUCUCAAGUUUUAAUAAAGAAUUAUGAAAAAUCUCAAUCAACAGCUAGUUCUAAUAAAAUUCCAUUGACUUAAAGAAGUAGUAAUGAUUAUAGUUAAUAAAUCAACAAAAAAAUAUAAGAAAACUAGUAGUAUAUAUUAAAUCCCAUGCAAAUUUAAAUCAAUAAUAAUAGCACUAUGAAGACUAUGAAGGGUGAAAAUCUAAUUUAAAAUUAUGUUUGA